ACGCCCCGUCCUUUGACUAUCGCCCUCUCCUUCUUCGUCUUCGUCUUCGUCUUCGUCGUCUUCGUCCUCCGUAUGAAACCUCCAGCGACCGCAGCAGCAGCAGCAGCAGCAGCAGCAGGACGCCACCGCCGCGGAAAGUCUCGCUUCCACACCACCACGACGCGGAGGCCGCGUCCCCAUCGCGUUCUCUCUCCUCCGCCGUUUCCGCCGCCGCCCCCCUCUCCCUCUCCCUCUCCCUCGCUCUCGAUCAAUCAAUCCAUCAAUCGAUCAAUCGAUCCUUCAAUCGAUCGAGGAUCCGGCUUCAGCUCCCCGCUUGCGUUCGCGCGCCGAUAGCUUCUUACAGCAUUCUGGAGCUCACAGCUAUCAAAAGAAAGUCGAUCAAAUCCUCAGAAGCAACAUAGGGGUGAAGAUUGAAAUGCACUAAGAUGCAAAUUAGGAUUGUUAACAAUGAAAGUUUUUAGCUGUCUUGCUGGCAUAAUUUAUGUUGAAGAGGAUAAAGAAUCGGCAGUGUGAUGUCUGCCAGUAGAAGCUCAAGAAAUGGGCUUAGUGGCAACGGUCUUGGCAGCCAACAAUCUGGUGCUUUAAACAGAGGUGGCCUCGAAAGACAUUCCCACGAAAGGAUUCCCAAUGGAGAUGGCAAGAGUGAUCAUUCACACGACCCAGAGACUAUGGAACUUUAUGCCCGAGCUAGGGCACAAGAAAAGGAGAUCCAGACUCUUCGCGAACAAGUGGCUGCAGCUUGCGUGAAUGAAAUGAAGCUCUUGAGUGAAAAAUAUGCAUUAGAGAAGAAAUUUGCGGACUUAAGACUGGCAAUCGAUGAAAAGCAAAAUGAAGCCACUGCCUAUGCCUCAAACGAACUGGCUCGUAGAAAAGGUGAUCUGGAACAAAAUCUAAAAUUGGCUCAUGAUCUGAAGGAGACAGAGGAUGAAAGAUACAUGUUUGUGUCUUCCUUGCUUGGCUUGUUGUCUCCAUAUGACAUAUGGCCACCAGUCUUGAAUGCCACUGUUAUAUCCACAUACAUUAAGCGUUUGCAUGAUCAAUUAAAUUGGAAGAUUAGAACUUCAGAGGAUAAAAUUAGAGAAGCAGGAAAUGCAGGAGGAAUCAAUAUCGGGAAUGCUUCAGAUGUUAAAGACAAUUAUUGGGCUGGCAUGCCGACAAGACAAGUUCCCCAAAGAUCGAUGGGUGUUUCCGAUCGAGACACAUAUAAAGAUGGAGAUGCUAUGGAGCUAACGAACAAUUUGUCAAAGUUUACGCAUUACAAUCAACCUACCUCUAUGCAGAACUUAGCAUUUGAUCAUGCAAUGAGCCAGCAACCGGGUACUGAUAAUGCAGGAGAGUUCGCAUUUGAUACACACAGGUCUUCAGAUAAAACAAUGAUGGAGGCAGUAUCCCGAACUCCUAACAAUGACGACAAUAUUGCUUCCAGUGCUUCUCAAGGGGGACCGGGUAUAGAAGGUUUUCAGAUUGUUGGUGAAGCUACACCAGGGAACCAACUUCUUGGGUGUGGAUAUCCUGUCCGUGGAACUUCUCUUUGUAUGUUUCAGUGGGUCCGUCAUCUUCCUGAUGGUACUACGCACUACAUUGAAGGCGCGACAAAUCCAGAAUAUGUUGUUACUGCUGAUGACGUUGACAAGAUUAUUGCUGUUGAAUGCAUACCAAUGGAUGACCAAGGCCGUCAGGGGGACAUUGUGAGGCUUUUUGCUAAUGACCAGAAUAAAAUAAAAUGUGACGCAGAUAUGCAGAUGGACAUCAAUAAAUAUCUUUCUAGUGGUCUGGCCAUGUUUAAUAUUCUAAUGCUGGUUGACUCUUCUGAGAAUUGGGAACAAGCUGCCCUAAUUUUGGGACGGUCUAGCUACGAGAUCAAAAUCAUUAGAACAGGAGCGGUACUAAUUGCUGAGAAGUUCUCAAAGCAGUCGUCUAUAAAAGUUCCUUCUGGGCUCUCAACGCAGUUUGUUUUGACUUGUUCAGAUGGAUCGUUCUUUCCUAUAAACACAUACGGCGUCCGAGAACGCGACACUCUUGUGGUGACUAUGAGAACGUUCCAAAGCAAGGCUCUGGACGACAAGAGAAAAGCAAGAGCAUAGACUUAGGGAAGUCGGUCGGUAGUGUCGAUAGUAAAAUUUCCCCCCACUAUAGAAAUUCAGAAACAAUGAUUUAAUGUCGAGGCUUGUCAUUUGAUUUUGAUAAUUUAUGUUAUAAUUUUUUCGUCUUCUACGAGCUGUAAUUUUUUGACCAUAGGCAUAUUACUACACGGCCUGCAUUAAUCGGCGAAUCUCUCCUUGACUGGAACUUCUGUCAUGAGCUCUACUCUACAUGGUCAGGGCUGUCUGAAAUGCCAAUGUCUUGGUUUUAUAUGCCGUAUUCCGAGUAACCGUUCUUCUUCAA